AAUGGUCGCAAUGUAUUGACAAUUCAAUAAUUGUAAUUGCUAACCAUUACGUGAAAUGACGUGAAAUGACGUGAAAUGACGUGAAAUACACGCUCAUGGAAUCGAUUGUAUGGCACAAGGCACAAGCACAGUUCUACCUGUUCUUAAUCCUAAAUAGAAUCUAUUAUUUCAUUAUGAAUAUAUAUGAGCAACAUCUUGACAUAACGAUAGAUGAGAGUGAGAUUAUUGUUGGUGCCAGAGAUAUUAUUGAGAGGAUUAGACCGUCCUGGCCUUUACAGCACCUGCGUUUCAAGACCUUUACUGAUGGAAGAACAAAUAAAUUGCUUGGAGUAUGGUACUCGGGACAUUACACAGAUAUGGUCCUCAUUAGAAUUUAUGGCAACAAUUCCAAUUUACUGAUCGACAGGCAAAGCGAAAUAAAUAACAUUCGGAUAUUGAACAAGGCUGGCUAUACUCAUUGCAUUUACGCUACAUUUAACAACGGGUUUGCCUAUCAAUUCCUGCAAGGUGAAACUCUGACCACUGAAACAAUCAGGGAUCUCAAAGUAUACCCGCUAAUUGCCAAACGUAUGGCUGAAAUGCACGCUCUCGAGUUUGAUAAUGAAUCUGUAUCGAAAGAAGCCUUCAUUUGGGAAAAGAUUAAGAAAUUUAUGCAAAUUAUGCCGAAAAGAUUUUCCGAUUCCCUCAAGCAAGCAAAGUUCGAAAUGUUGAUACCGUCGCAUGUAAUACUGGAGAAAGAAUACCAGAGGUUGAAAAGUACACUUUCCUACGUCAACAGCCCUGUGGUCUUUGCUCACAAUGACCUUCUACUUGGCAAUAUAUUGUACGAUCCGAAGCAGGAGAGUGUCGUUUUUAUAGAUUACGAAUACACCGCGUUCAACUAUCAAGCAUUCGACAUUGUUAAUCACUUUGCAGAAUUUGCCGGUUUCGACGAGCCGGAUUAUUCUUUGUAUCCGGAUGAAAAUUUCCAGAAAAGCUGGUUAAGAGAAUAUUUGCAAGUGUACAAUGCGACGGCUACGGUGUCCGAGAGAGAGAUUGACAAGCUACACUGGCAAGUUACUCAAUUUACUCCCUUGCCUCACUUUCUCUGGGCCUGUUGGGCUCUCAUCCAGAGUGAGCAUUCGCAUAUUGAUUUCGAUUUUCUCACAUAUGCUUCAAUACGUUUCAACCAGUAUUUUAGAUGGAAAGAAGAAAUCUCUAAGCUAAAGGCAAAAUGUGACGAAUAAAACACUAGCAUGUAAGAACAAUUCAUUCCUGUUGAGAUAUUUUCUCUUCUUAAUCUAUGUAUAUAUUGUACAUUCAAGUGGUAUAUACAUAAUGUAUCGAUAAUUAUCAAAUAUAUUUUAAAAUGUUUUAUUGGU